AUGACGAUAUCAGAUGAGGAGAGCAAGCCUCUCAUACCAAAACCAGAUAUUCAAGGAGGAACUAGAGAAGUUGAUAAUCUGAACAACCAGGCGACUGAUGAUCCAAACUUUGAAAUAACGCCUGGGCAAGUCUUGGUACCACAGGAUGAAAAUUAUAAGUUUAGUUUCCGUAAACUAUGGGCCUUCACAGGUCCUGGUUUUCUGAUGAGCAUCGCCUACCUUGACCCUGGUAACAUAGAGUCUGAUCUACAGGCAGGGGCCAUAGCUAAAUACAAGCUUCUAUGGGUGUUGAUGUGGUCCACAGUGAUGGGGCUCGUUCUACAACUUCUUGCUGCUAGGCUUGGCGUUGUGACAGGUAUGGACCUAGCUACUGUGUGUCGCAUGGAGUAUAAAACUGUGCCUCGUAUUGUGCUGUGGUUGAUGAUGGAGAUUGCCAUCAUAGGCAGCGACAUUCAAGAAGUCAUAGGGUCAGCUAUCGCCAUUAAUCUGUUGUCCAAUCACCUGGUGCCUAUAUGGGCUGGAGUGCUGAUUACAGGGGUGGACACAUUCACUUUUCUCUUUCUUGAAACUACAGGUUUGAGAAAACUUGAAGCAUUUUUUGGAGCCCUCAUCACAACUAUGGCAUUUACUUUCCUAUACAUGUAUGUGACUGUUAAACCAGAUCAAGGUGAGAUCUUGAUAGGGCUUUGGUUUCCAUGGUGUCAGGAUUGCAACACAGCAGCAAUACAACAGCUUGUGGGUAUUGUUGGAGCAGUGAUCAUGCCACAUAAUAUAUAUCUGCAUAGUGCAUUAGUCUUGUCAAGAAGUAUUAAUAGACGUAAUGGGAAAAAGAUUGAAGAAGCCAAUAUGUAUUAUGCAAUCGAAUCUGCAAUUGCACUGUUUGUAUCAUUUCUGAUCAACCUUUUUGUGGUAGCAGUGUUUGCAGCAGCAUUCUCUGGGGAUCAAUUCCAAGAUGCUAGCCUCUCAAAGGCGGGAGAGUGGAUCAAUGCAAAAUAUGGACUGGGUAUGAAGAUUAUUUGGGGGAUUGGAAUAUUAGCAGCAGGCCAGAGUUCUACUAUGACAGGUACUUAUGCAGGUCAAUUUGUCAUGGAAGGGUUCCUGAAGAUUCAUUGGGCAAAGUGGAAGAGAGUAUUACUGACUAGAUCCAUCGCCAUGGUACCAACCAUAGUUGUUGCAGUUUCAGCUACUAGUUAUUUAGACUCUCUCAACACAUGGUUGAAUGUGCUACAGAGUGUACAGCUCCCAUUUGCCUUACUUCCUAUCCUUCAUUUAACCAGUAGUUCAAGAGUUAUGGGGACAUUUAAAAAUGAUAGAAUAACAAAAAUGGUAGUCUGGCUGCUGGCAGUCCUAGUCCUAAGCAUCAAUUUUUACUUAGUCUAUCUACAGGUGAAUGACACAACAUGGUGGGUGUACCUGAUAGUUGCUAUAGUAACCAUUAUCUAUAUGAGCUUUAUCCUGUAUCUUGCUAUCGGAAUCAGAAAGGGAAUAGAACUGAAGAUGUGGGUAUAUACAAAAUUGGGAAAAGAUAUCACAUACUUAGAAGAAGAACUGACUCUACACGAUACACAGCUUUAUAUUAAUCUUUCUGAAACCCCAGCGACUGGCAAUAACACAAACACAUAUGGCACAUCUGUACAAAAUGGAUUACAACCCAUAACCUAAUUUAUAAGUGAAUAUGCAGUAUUACAUUAUUAUCAAGAAAUUCUUGGAAGGACGGGGUUGCAAUCACAAUUACAGGUUUAAUAUUUGCAAGGCAUACAUUUUAGGUCUUCCAACAUCAUGAAAAACUGCUCCCUUUCCACUGAUUUGCCAAUACACCAGGAUUGUGUGAGAUAUGAAAUGGGAUGGGGAAUUUUCAAAAUAAAAAUUGGGUUGUUAAAUUCCCUACACAGAGACCAACCUAGUGAGUCAAUUUUCCCAAUCUGGGAACAAUAAUAGCUUGUUAACUAAAUCGAAUUCAAAAGUCCUUUUUCCCAGGAUGAAAUACAAUGUCAAAAUUUCAACAA